AUGAUGAAGGAAAAAAAUGCAAGUUCUGAAGAUUACUUUGUUCUAAUGGGUUUUUCCAAUUGGCCUCACCUUGAGUUAGUUCUCUUUGUAGUUAUUUUGAUGUUCUACUUGAUGACAUUGAUAGGCAACUUGUUCAUCAUUAUCUUGUCAUACUUGGACUCCCAUCUCCACACUCCCAUGUACCUCUUCCUCUCAAACCUGUCUUUUCUGGAUCUCUGCUAUACCACCAGCUCCAUCCCCCAGUUGCUGGUCAACCUCUGGGGCCCAGGAAAAGCCAUGUCUUAUGUAGGUUGCAUGACUCAACUUUACUUUUCCCUUGCACUGGGAUCCACAGGAUGUGUGCUACUGGUGGUGAUGUCCUAUGACCGUUAUGCAGCUGUAUGUAGACCCUUGCAUUACACUGUCCUCAUGCACCCUUGUUUCUGCCAUCUGUUGGCUGUGGCUUCUUGGGUAAGUGGCUUUACCACCUCAGCACUUCACUCCUCAUUUACCUCCUGGGUAACCCUGUGUGGACAUCGUCAGGUGGACCAUUUCUUCUGUGAAGUUCCAGCACUGCUGCGACUGUCUUGUGUUGAUACCCGUGCUAAUGAGCUGACCCUCAUGGUCAUGAGCUCCAUUUUUGUGAUCAUACCACUUAUUCUCAUUCUCAGCUCCUAUGGUGCCAUUGCCCAGGCUGUGCUGAGGAUGCAGUCAACAGCUGGACUUCAGAAAGUCUUUGGGACAUAUGGAGCCCAUCUUCUGGUUGUAUCCCUGUUUUUCAUUCCAGUCAUGUGCAUAUAUCUCCAGCCCCCAUCAAGAGGUUCUCAAGAUCAAGGAGAGUUCAUUGCCCUCUUUUAUACUGUUACCACACCUAGCCUCAACCCUCUAAUCUAUACCUUGAGAAACAAAGAUAUAAAGGGGGCAGUUAAAAGAUUAAUGAGGUGGGAGAGGGAGAUGUGA